UUACUUUGGGCUGUCCUCUCAUCCUCCCUCCCCCACCAUCUCUUCUCCCCAUCUACUGCCCUGUGUUCCACCUCCUAUUUUACUAUCAGCAUUCAGAGCUUCCAUUUACUCACUAGUAGGGGGUGGGGGGGAAAUCAGAAAACAAAAAUAUUACAAAGGAUACAAACAAUAAAACAAGGAAACAAUAGCAACAUCAAGAAGACCCAGCCUCCUUCCUUCCUACAACUUGCAGCCUGGCAUCUCCUGGAAGAAGAAAAAAAAAAGAGGAUACAAAUAUAUUAGUGGCAAGCCAUUUUGACACUUUUGACAAGGGCUUCACUUAUUUAGUGCAUAGAAACAGGCCCCAGACAAGUCAAAGAUGUCGGCUCGAGGGGGGAAGAAGAAAACCACCAAGCUGUCCCGCUCCUCACGGGCAGGAGUCAUCUUCCCAGUGGGUAGAAUGAUGCGCUACCUCCGGAGAGGCACUCACAAGUACAGGAUAGGCAUGGGCGCUCCGGUUUAUAUGGCAGCUGUUAUAGAGUAUCUGGCAGCUGAAAUCUUGGAGCUUGCAGGAAAUGCAGCUAGAGACAACAAGAAGGGACGUAUAACACCCAGACACAUCCUCCUCGCAGUCGCCAACGAUGAAGAACUCAACCAGUUACUCCGAGGGGUGACCAUUGCAAGUGGAGGGGUCCUGCCUAGAAUUCACCCUGAGCUGCUGGCCAAGAAGCGUGGCUCCCGUGGCAAGGAGACCAUCCUCUCUCAGCCUGUGGAGAAGAAGAAGAAAACUGGAAAGUCACUGGCGUCAAAGAAGCCAAAAGCUGGGAAAAAUAAACUACUUAAAAAGGACAAGCAGGCAGAUGGUGCCAAGGAAGGAGCGACUAGUUCGACAGGAGAAGAUCCUGGUGAGGGGUUUACUAUUCUCUCAUCCAAGAGCCUAUUGCUCGGACAAAAGCUGUCAUUGACUCAGAGCGAUCUGGGCAAAAUAGGGUCAAUGAAAGUUGAAGGGAUCAUUCAUCCAACUGGUGCGGAGAUCGACCUCAAGGAAGACAUUGGGAAUGCUUUGGAAAAAGCUGGUGGUAAGGAAUUUCUGGAAGCCGUCAAAGAACUUCGCAAAGCUCACGGGCCCCUGGAACUUACUGGAGCGGCCCUCAGCCAGGCGAAUGGUUUAGCCGCCAAGUUUGUCAUCCACUGCCACAUCCCACAGUGGGGCUCCGACAAGUGUGAGGAGCAGCUGGAAAAGACCGUUAAGAACUGUUUAUCCAUCGCAGAGGAAAAAAAGCUGAAAUCUGUGGCUUUUCCUUCCUUUCCAAGUGGCAGAAACGGUUUUCCCAAGCAGACGGCGGCGCAGGUCAUUCUGAGGGCUAUAUCCGGCCACUUUGCCUCCUCCAGCGCUUCUACCUUGAAGAGCAUUUACUUCCUGUUGUUUGACAGCGAAAGUAUCGGCAUUUAUGUGCAAGAAAUGGCCAAGUUGGAUACAAAGUAGAGGGGAGAUGUGUGUACCGUCGAUUGAAGAUGGCUUUUACCCAGCAGUGGAGGUGGACAGAAUCUGAUUUUACUUUUUUUUUUGUUAUGAUUAAGAAGGUGUGAAGCUUGUUUGAAGUUUUGUGAGUUUUCAGGACCGCUUUUGAUUCUUUUAAAUUUUGUUUUUAUGAGCGAGGAUUAGAGGAGGUGAGUUUGCGCUUAAUAAUCCUCAUUCUAAAUUCCUCCUCCUUUCUGUAAUAAACCAGCACCCUUAACAUUUUUAUAGAAACAGAAAAAAAAAGAUAUCCCUCUUUUGUCACUACUUUUUUCUUCAAUGACCGUUUCGUAUUUCUCUCUGUCUCACACUCUCUCUAUUUAUCAUUCUGUCUCUAUCACCUGCUGUCUCACACAAAUCCCCUGGUUACCACUUAUUUUAGACUUAGUGUUAAAAUUGAAAUAACUUGUUUUAGAUUUGUAGUUUUGGAUUUUACAAGAGAAAUAUGACCCUGAAACUAUUUAAAAAAAAAAAAAUAAUAGAAAAAAAAAAGAAAAAAUGGCAAAGUUCAUUAUUUUUGUCUCUUGUCAUCUUUUAUGGGUGGGUGGGUACAACAUCUUAUGUUUUUAUUGUCUACAGUUUUAAAGUAUACCCGUUACUUAUUUUAAUUACGUGACUGUCCAUACAACAUUGUCAUAGUUGGCUUUUAUUUCCUUUUUGUGGCCAUGUAAAAUGUAAUAAAUCUGAAUUUUCUUACAUUCAAGCCUA